AUGACCUCAAAAGCAACCACUGAGAGGAUCGAGGGCAACACGCCUGGACCUACCAAGGCACAGAUCCUGGACAAAGUCUUCUCACUCGCAACGCAAUUCAGUACCUGUGUUGAAGCCUUCAACCUCAUCCAUCCAUCCAAAGACAACGAUCAUGCGCAGAAAGUCGCACUAGUCAAGCUGGGGGUGCAGCAGGGCAGACUGCUCAUCUUUGGAGAUGCAGUUGGCAUUUCGGCUCCGCCUGCGACUAUCGCCAGGCACAUGAUCCCAAGCCAUCCUGGUCUUUCAAAUCCCGACCCUCAUCUUCCUGUCAACUUUGGUGUAAGAGACGCACGUUUGGACAACGAUGUGAUUCAUGAAAAGGUCAGAAGAGCGCUGAACGAAAUCGCCGGCCGGCCGGGCCAUCUAUCGAGAGACGAAUUGAUGGAGAGAUACGGAUUGAAAAGUCCCAAGCGGUUCAAUAUGCUCGAGCACCCCGCAUUGGAUACAAAUCGAAUGGAAGCCUUUCGUGAGAAAUAUGGACUCCUGCAGGACCUUGUCAGACAAAGUGGUUCUCGAGCGAACAUCAAGCGGAACAUGAGUAUGACCACGAACCACUGGACUGUCAAAGACACAACGAGAUUCGGUGAGUUUGUCAAGACUGUCCGUACUGAGGUCGACAGCCUGAUCGACCUAUUUGGCGUCAACGAGCAAGUCGAUCGAGGAACAAGAAGCGAUAUCCGUUGUAUGGCAUGGCACCCGGAGCUCACGGGACCCGUUGUCCAACAAGACUGGGAAAAGCUGCGUCUAAUUCGCGAAGCUUGCGAAUUCGAUUAUCCACAAUACAUCGAGGUUGCCGACACAGCACUUCAAUAUAUCAACGAUGAGCUAAGGGAAACAACACUUGCUAACCAACGCGCUUCUCUCGGAACAGCGACAGGAGAUGCAGCUGGUGCACGGCGAAAGUCAGAUUACGAGCUACAGGCCCAUCCUCAAGUCAGGCGUUCAAGCGGCCCGGAAGAAAAGACGGCUAUUCAACUCGCUGCCGAGCAUGUAUUGAACCCACCUAAACCAGUGAGGCGUCCCAGUAAUAAUAAGAAGAAUAGCUACAAUAGUCAGAAAGACAAGCGCCCUGGUUGGCUCAGUGCGUUCAAGUUCAAGUCCUGGUCCAAGAGUCACAGGCACGAAAAAGGACGAUCGAACAGUUUGCCCGACAUCUCAGACCCCCCACGCUCGCUUUCUGUCCCAGAGCAUGAAGUUCUACCGUCGAAAACCACAGAGGAAAAGCAUUAUGGCCUUGAGCCUGUGCGUUCCAAGAGUCUGGGUAAAAUUCCAGCCGGACACGCACUUGACAUGGACUCCAGGAUGCAGGAUCUAUCUAUCGACGGCAGCAACACCGAGGAGCGGCAAAUGCCUGUAGUUCCAGUCAACACGAGGAGUUCAUACGAUAAGAACACCCUUGGACAAGUCAAGACUGCCAGUAGUGAUGGUAAUCAACACAACCUUGCAGGAGUCACCACAGUCAAUAGUCUCAUCGACCGACAUGAUAUGUAUAAAGGGAUGGGCCGCAUUGAAACCAAAGACAUUAGAAACGUAGCGCAUGAGCCCAGAGGUGGCUUCGAGUGA